GAAUAGAGAAAUAGAAACACUCUGGAGAAAAGUAAGAGAGAGGGAAAGGUAGAGGGCAUAUCAAGAGAGUGUGAGAUCAAAAGACUGAAAAUAAAACAGACAAAAGAAAAGAUGAGAAAAAAAAGUAAAUAUGAGAGAGAGAGAGAGAGAGAGAGAGAGAGAGAGAGAGAGAGGGAGGAGUGACAUGUAGAUUGUCCACUAAUGCAUGCCAGUUUCUGUGACACGUGUGUGUGUGUGUGUAUGAGAGAGAGAGAGAGAGAGAGAGAGAGAGAAAGAGAGCAGAUCAUAUUGCAAAGAUGAAGAGAGUGGCCGAGGACGAGGGAAAUGAACUAUUCCUCCGUUCCAUCCCCUGCUUCCUGCACUCCUCAGGACCUGGAUGCUGAGGGACCAAGGAGGACUUUCUGCUCCGGACCUAAACCCCCUUUUCUGGAGGACUUUAUUUGGAGACACUGAAUUAAAGAGAAAAAAGAAAGAAAGACGUGACGCUCAGGAGUGGAGUCCAGUCUCUCUCACUCUGUGUGUGUGUGUGUGUGUGUGUGUGUGUGUGAGAGAGAGAGAGAGAGAGAGAGAGAGAAGCAGAGAUGGACGGAGUGUGUACAUCCACCGGGAGCUGCUGCAGCCCCUCUGAUCAAAUGCUCCAGUUUGGAUAACACACACACACACACACACACACACACACACACACACUGAGCGGCAGCAGGAAACGCAAGGCUUCCGGAUUUUUCCACCCCUAUUCCUGGGGCUGCUCCAAAACUGUCUGCUCCAACCCCUCCACUGACACCCCAGGACUGAACCAUUGCUACAAGAGGGUGGGGGAGUCAGUGAAGGGGGAAAAUACUUGCUAGCCUGGACUCUUAUCACAUCCAGAUUGAAGAGGAGAUAAAAAACAGACGGAUAAAAGAUGAGUGUGAGCCGUAUGAGCCGAUACAGCAUCGUGUCGUCGGAGGAAGACGCUUUGCGCCUGACCACAAUCCAUGGCAGCAGCGGCGUUAACGGCUACGGCAACGGGAACGGAAAGAUCCACAUGCGCAGGAAAUGCCGCAACCGCUUUGUGAAGAAGAACGGACAAUGCAACGUCCAGUUCACCAACAUGGAGCAGAAAUCGCAGCGCUACCUGGCUGACAUCUUCACCACCUGCGUGGACAUCCGCUGGCGCUACAUGCUGAUCGUGUUCACGCUUGUGUUUGUGCUGUCAUGGCUGGCGUUUGGUUUGGCAUUCUGGGUAAUCGCGCUGCUCCACGGCGACCUGGACAACCCGGCGGGGGACGACAGUUUCACACCGUGUGUCCUGCAUGUAAAUGGCUUCUUGGCAGCAUUUCUGUUUUCCAUUGAGACUCAGACGACCAUCGGUUAUGGUUUCCGUUGCGUGACAGAGGAGUGUCCGGUUGCGAUCUUCCUUGUAGUCUUCCAGUCCAUCGUGGGCAGUAUCAUCGAGUGCUUCAUGAUUGGUGCCAUUAUGGCGAAAAUGGCACGGCCCAAAAAGCGUACUCAGACUCUUCUGUUCUCGAAAAAUGCCAUCAUCGCCAUGAGGGAUGGGAAGCUCUGCCUCAUGUGGCGCGUCGGGAACCUUCGCAGGAGUCACAUCGUCGAGGCUCACGUCCGAGCGUUGCUAAUCAAACCGCGUGUGACUGCAGAGGGAGAGUACAUCCCACUAGACCAGCUGGAUAUUAACGUUGGGUUCGAUCAAGGGCUGGACAGGAUCUUCUUGGUCUCGCCGAUCACCAUUUUGCACGAGAUUGACGAGGACAGUCCGCUUUAUGAGAUCAGCAAGCGGGAUCUGGAGACGGCAGACUUUGAGAUCGUGGUGAUCCUCGAGGGGAUGGUGGAGGCCACAGCCAUGACGGCGCAGGCUCGGAGCUCGUACUUGGCAAGUGAGAUCCUGUGGGGCCACCGGUUUGAGCCCGUGCUUUUCGAGGAGAAGAAUGAGUACAAGGUGGACUAUUCACACUUCCACAAGACGUAUGAGGUUCCGUCUACGCCGCGUUGCAGCUCUAAAGACAUGCUCGAGAACAAGUGCGUGUCUGCUGCCGACAACGCCUCCACGUUCUGCUACGAGAACGAGCUGGCGCUGCUGAACCGUGACGAGGAAGAUGAGCAGGAAUGCACCCAGAGAGAACGGCAAGACUUUAAACAUGUGUCUCGGAGCCUCGAGCAAAGGUCGUACCGUCGCGAGUCUGAGAUUUAACCCCCUUUGACCGUUUAGUUUAACAAUGCAGAACAAUGCAAAAGUGCCAUAAUGAGAGGCUUGGAACUGUGCACAUCAGUGUGAGAGUGUGUGCAUGUGUGCGUGUGUAUGUGUGCGUGUGUAUGUGUGUAUGUGUGUGUGUGUGUGUGUGUGUAAGUCUGAGUGUGAGUGUGUGAGUGAAAUGCUAAAAGAGAGAUGAUGCACAGUUCGGGCCAGAGACUUUUUUUAAAAUCCUGCACGGAAACUUGAAUCUUUUCCUCCUUCUUGUUUUAUUUAUUUUUCAUAAAUCUAGUUUAGUUCAAAUCUGAUCUUCUGAAUUUGUAAAUAUUUUUGCGUAGAUAGGUUACGAAUUUGUGUGGAUUAUUGCUUUCGUUCUAGAGAGAGAGAGAGACAGAGAGAGAGAGACAGAGUGUGUGAAAGAGGAAGGUUUCUUUUUCUUUUCUUUUUGUCUAGCACUACUGAUUCCAAAUGCCCACAAACACACACACACACACACACACACACACACACACACACACACAUACAGUACAAGCAUGACAGAUUCCCUUUUAAAGUUGCACCACCUAAACAAACAGAAAUGUCUGAGUGUGUGUGCGACCAAGCACUAAAUUUCAUUAAAAACAUAAAUAGAAACCCAGACAGGCUCACUCACACACACACACACACACACACACACACACACACACACACACACACACACUGUUGAGUGGGAGUCUCUAUAUUUAUCUAUAGCAUGUCCUGAUUUUCCAUUCCUUGGCGUUCCCGAAACAAUGAGGGGGCGGAGCUAAUAUUAAAUUUGACCAGCCAAUGGUAAAGCUGAUUAUAUGACAUGAGCAUUAGCUAAUGUUAGCUACCCUGCUAGCAAACCCAAGCUAGAUAACAUUAUGUAAAAAGAAAGUAAAUAGACUAGGGCUGAUGUCACAUGACCAGGUUUGCAAUUGGUUAAUCAAAAUGCAACUUAAGCUCCACCCCUUUUCCCACAGACAAAGCUAUCAGUCUACCAAUCGUGGACGUACAAUAAAUUAUGGCAUAGAGUUACAAUUAAUAAUAAUAACGACUAGACAAGUGAAAAGAAAUGGCUGGCACUGUCAUAUAAUCAAGUUUGUGACUGGCUGAUCAAAUGUAAACUAAGCCCCCCCC